AUGGAACAGGCUCAGUAUUGGACGUGGAUGCGGAGGAGACGGAUUUUGAAGCCCCAUUUUCAAGUGUCAAUGAACUCUUUAAGUGAGUACUCGUGGGAAGAAAAAGCUUUUGCAGAAGAUGCAGCAGGGUCUUUGGAGGGAUGCAUAUGGCCCCCUAGAUCAUAUUCUUGUAGUUUUUGCAGGAGAGAAUUCAGGUCAGCUCAAGCUCUAGGUGGUCACAUGAAUGUCCAUAGGAGGGAUAGAGCUAGGCUUACGCAAUCUGCUCUCAGUUCCCAGAAUGAAGUUGUUGUUCCUCAUCAUCAGAAUCACAAACAAAUUUCUCUAAAAUCAUCUAAUGACCCUAAAAUAUUACCACACCAGGCUGGCACUUUAGAUUCCACUGAUGAUCUUGACCAUAAUUCUGUUCCCUCAACCUUUUCAGCUUCUAGGGUUUUAGCUUUAUCUACUCAAGAAAAUUUUAGUACUACUUCUCCUGUUCAAGAACAGCAUAAAGGGCAGUUACAUGGGUCAGAUUCUACUACAAAAAGUUGUUUCAACAAUAUUUUUUCAGAUUCAAAACUUGAAGCAGAAAAGAGCAUCAAGCUGGCGUGGGGGGCAGAUUCUGUGUGCCUAGAUUCUGAUGAUGAUCAUGUUGAAACCAAUUUGUCUGUUGGGUUGAAUCCUGUCUUUUCCCAAAAUCGGCCAACUGUGAUCACUUGUGGAGAGGAGGCAAUCAGUUGCAAACGACCAAAGAUUACUGUUUCAGCACUGCCAUUCAUAGUUUCAAAAGAGACAUAUUCUCCUCAUAAGUGGCAGGUUCUUGGACUUGAGCCUGUAGGCUCCAUGGAGGACUUGGAUCUUGAGCUCAGGCUUGGUGUUCUACCAAAGGUGAAGUAA